AUGAAAAUGACCAAAGCUAAAGUCCAUCCUGGAUUUCAAGAGCAGGCAAAGCCCGGAACUCGUUUCAGAAAUUCACUGGAACGUCUUCAACGGUACAGCCAUCCCACGUCGGUCUCAUCGCGUGAGCCGGUGCUCGUCGCCCUUCAGGCCGCUAUCCGACACGCCAAUCGUUUGAUCGAAGCCGAAUGGACUGAUAUGAAUACCUCGAUCCCGCAUUGGGCAAUGGGACUAGCUUGUGGUAUGGUAGCAGUAGUGAUUCUUUCCGUUUACACUGCCAACUGCAUCACGAAUCGGUUAGGCAGACAUCCGCAGAGCGGACAAGACGUUCGUGGUGGUGCGAUGCGCUUAUCGCACAUGAGCAAAUUCUACGCCUUGAUUAGACUGGGAUAUCGCCCAAGGGUGUUUCAACAUCAUCUGGACACGAGCACCAUACACGUAUGCUGCUAA